UCCUUUUUUUAUCUGUUUAAACUAGACAAUGUCAACCAGUAGCCAGCCAAGCUCUGAUGCCACCAUAGUAAAAGUAGGAUGGAUUCAAAAGAGAGUGUUUUUCCACUUGUCUAAAGAACGUGUCUUCUCUGAGGACCGUUCAAGGUUUUAUGCUGCAGAAAUUAUUCUGGCUGUGAAGUAUCUUCAUGAACACAAAGUUGUUUACAGAGAUCUUAAGCUUGAAAAUCUUCUUCUAGAUUCAGAUGGUCACAUUAAACUCACUGACUUUGGUCUCUGUAAAGAGGACAUCACAUAUGGAUCAACCACAAAGACUUUCUGUGGUACUCCUGAAUACCUUGCUCCAGAGGUGCUGGAAGACAAUGACUAUGGUCACGCUGUAGAUUGGUGGGGAGUAGGCGUGGUCAUGUACGAAAUGAUGUGUGGCCGUCUACCAUUUUACAACAGGGAUCAUGAAGUUCUCUUUGAACUUAUCCUGACGGAGGAUGUAAAGUUUCCAGCGAGAAUUACUGAUAAUGCAAGAAGUGUCCUCUCUGGACUCCUAGAAAAAAGCCCUACACAACGUCUUGGAGGUGGUCCAGAUGAUGCAAAGGAAGUCAUGAAACAUAUAUUUUUUGAAACAAUUAACUGGGAUGACAUAUUGAACAAAAAGGUAAAACCACCUUUCAGGCCCACUGUCAAGAGUCCGACGGAUGUAUCAAAUUUUGACGAGGACUUCACAAAGGAAAUACCCCAACUCACACCUCCAGAAGGAGAUCUCCCAGACAUUGCUGAGGAAAGUGAAGCUUUUGAACAAUUUUCAUUCAACCCAGAGAAGGGAAGCAACAUACCGUCAUAACAAAGCCAUGUUGAUCAAAUAUUUCAAGAGUGU